GCAAUAACCACAUCCAACCUCUGCUUACAUCCACUUGCUUCUGUCCAGAUUUUUACUCUGAUUUCACAAUUCAUUCGCGGUUUCCUGUUUCCUGAGCGACAUGUUAUUUUAUCUGAAGCCCGAAGAAGCUAAGCUUACAGCUCUCAUCUCUGCAGCGCUGGACGGAAACACUCUUCUAUGUGACGUCAAUUAAACCAUGGUAGCUACCCACACACUUCAGCUCUGACGGCAAUUGUACUUUUUUUGGAUGCCUGCGUCAGCAAGACCUUUUUAAAAUCACCAAAUGGCAUACAUGGAAUCAGUUGACCAUAUUUGCAAUUUCCAUGAUGUGUUAAAGAGUUUUUCAGACAUUGUAUUAUCACCGAGGUACCGGAUCUAGAAUGUAUCUCAUUUGGCUAUAAAUAAGUUUCAGUCUUCACAUUCGCAGCUACCUCCGUCUCCCCGUGCGCCUAGACGAUGACGUGCUCAUCCAGGCAGAACGAUAGAUUUUAACAGCGUCACUUCAUAAAAUAUAGUCUUUCUAUUGGCAAAUUAACUAUUUAAUUGGUACUAGUAAACAGCGACUAAAUAAUUAGAGUUUUGUCCACUGCAUUCUGAGUGUUUGUUGGCUCGUGGAACACACGGACCAUGCAUCUGAACCACUCCGCGGACCACGAGACCACUCUCCGUGGCGGGAAAAGGGGUCAGCUCGAGCUCUCCUCCGACGCCAUCAAUAGUUGGGCAUCCUCAAAAUCCCAACAGUAUCCUGUCAAAAUGCAGCUACCCAGCAGUUCCUUCAUCCCCACCAUCAAUGCCAUCACGUCCAGUCAGGAGCUGCAGUGGAUGAUCCAGCCAGCCAUUCUAGCCUCCAAGCCUGACCACUGCCUACACUCUCACCCCUACCAGCCCCUGGACAUCAGCAGUAGCCUGGGGCCUGGGAUCCACACAAGGCUCGGGGUAAUACGGACAGUGGGCAACACGCAUGGAAGGAGCAGGCGUAGUGAUCAGUUGAACCCAGCUGAAGAGGAGAGGAGAAGGUUGAGGAGAGAAAGGAACAAGCUGGCUGCUGCCAAGUGUCGCAACCACAGGAAGGAGCUGGCCGACCAACUGCAAGGAGAGACUGAUGAACUGGAGAGAGAGCAGGCCAGCUUGACGACCCAGGUUGAGAUGCUCCAGGAGGAAAGAGAGAAGCUGGAGCGCAUGCUACUGUCGCAUGCCCCAGUGUGUCUACUGGGCUGUGACGGCCAUCCCCAGGCCCAGCCACUGCCCCCUCUCGCCCCGACCAUGUACCCCACAGCCACCUCCCCCCUGGCCAAACUCCUGAGCCCCCCUCCCGCGAUAAAGCAGGAGCCCCAGGAGGAGAUGCUGUUCUCCUUUCACCACUAUGAACACUGCGCCAUCAAACCCACCUAUCGCCAUGUAGAAGAGUACUGUCCCAGUGUCUUCACCACCCCGUCCAUGGUGAUCUGCAGCCCAGCCCAUUUGGUGGAUCUAUCCUGUCCCAUGCUGUCUCACCAUCACCCUAGCCUGGGUGAACAGAAUAGGUCUGAGUCCUCAUUCCGGGAAGAGGCCCUUCCCAACAACUUGCUCUCCAAGCCUCUCCCUGGUAGUGACAUGAGUCUUGAGGAUGGACUACUGGGACCACGAUUCUCCCCCACCUUGUUGACUCUGUAGGGCAAUGAUUUACAGUAAAGUGGACACAUAAUGUACAGCACCAUACUGUACUUUAAUCACUAUGGCAUGUUCAGAUGCUAUUCUUUGAAAUACUUGACCAGCAACUGAUUUGGUCUGCCUGGUACAAUGGAAUUAAUGGAAUCGUCCCAAAAGUACAAAUGCCAUGCUAAGGCCUAGAUUCAAUCAGAUCAAGUGUUAAACUGUGAUAGCAGACACACGAAUAAUGAAUGUUUUUGCUGUCAGAGGUGGAACUGCGUUGGAGCCAUCAAAUCGGUGAGUAGCUGCUCUCGCGAUCACUGUCAAGAAGCCACAUCUGUCCCCACUCGCUUUGGAAGUUCAGAGCAAGAAAGUGUAGACUAUAUAUAAAUAUUUACACUCAAAUUGAAAAAUAAUUAAACUAUAUAAAGAGGAUUUAUCAGCCUAAUUGAUGUGUAGAUUCCAUCUCACAUUCCAGUGUUCCAACUUGGAAACAAGGCUGCAUGGGAUUUCUGUUAAUGUGACUCUGUGAAGCCAAUGGCAAUGUCCGCUUUAGGUAUAAUGCCAGGAGCCACUUGUGGAUUUGACAGCUCUAACAGCAGUUCCACCUCUGACACAACCCAAACAACCGCUAUGCUGAUGUCACUAAAGCGGAUCUGAUUGAAUAGAGCACUUUCUCAAGCACAGACUAGGCUAUAGUAUACUGUCAAGUAUAUAAAAGUUUUUGACAUGUGUAUUUUACUGAGCUCUGGAGAGGGUUCUUCCUUUGUAAGAGGAAGAUAAAGGUUUAACUAGAUAUUCUUUGUUAAUCAGAAAUUAACAUCACAAUUUACAAGUUUGGCUCUUGUCAAUACUUCAAUCAUAUCCAUUUUCAAACUAAACAUUGAUUGACUGGUAGUUUGGUUUGUUAGACGCUAGAUGGUGCUGCAAGACAUUGCCUUGGCACAACUAUAAAGCACUACUGUAAAUCACAAUGGCAAAUAUUUAUUAACCAUUAGUUCUGUUUAGUAUUUAAUUAUUUAAUUGCUGUGCCAUUUAUUAAAGCCAAUCUGUAUGUAGAAGCCAUUUUAUGAUUUUAAAUUGGAGUAAUGGGUUGUCACGACAACACUGACUAAUUUUCUACAGUCAAAUGUGAUAUGAACACAAUGCAACAUUACUUACCAUACAUCUGAGGUAGAAGUGUCAAAGCAAUAUUGUCAUCCACAAUGAUUUGCUACCAUGUUGACCUUUAUAUUUAUCUCAUAUUGUGUGUUAUUCAUUCUUGACGGUUUUCAUUAGGUUUCAAUGUAUUAUUUGAGGCAGUAUAAUAAAUGAAUAGGAAGAGUAUUUGUUGUAUAGUUUGCUGUGAGAAACAUAUUUUAAAUUCUGAAUUGUUGGCAGUAUGAUCAUAAUAUAUAAGACCUCUGUAAGAAUACAGACUCUGGGGACAAAACGUCAUCUACAGUUGAAGUCGGAAGUUUACGUACACCUUAGCCAAAUACAUUUCAACUCAGAUUUUCACAAUUCCUGACAUUUAAUCCAAGUAAAAAUUCCCUGUUUUAGGUCAGUUAGUAUCAUCACUUUAUUUUCAGAAUUUGAAAUGUCAGAAUAAUAGUGGAGAGAAUGAUUAAUUUCAACUAUUAUUUCUUUCAUCACAUUCCCAGUGGGUCAGAAGUUUACAUACACUCAAUUAGUCUUUGGUAGCAUUGCCUUUAAAUUGUUUAACUUGGGUCAAACAUUUCGGGGAGCCUUCCACAAGCUUCCCACAAUACGUUGGGUGACUUUUGGCCCAUUCCUCCUGACAGAGCUGGUGUAACUGAGUCAGGUUUGAAGGCCUCGUUGCUCGCACACGCUUUUUCAGUUCUGCCCACACAUUUUCUGUAGGAUUGAGGUCAGGGCUUUGUGAUGGCCACUCCAAUAGCUUGACUUUGUUGUCCUUAAGCCAUUUUUCCACAACUUUGGAAGUGUUCUUGGGGUCAUUGUCCAUUUGGAAAACCCAUUUGCAACCAAGCUUUAACUUUCUGACUGAUAUCUUGAGAUGUUGCUUCAAUACAUCCACAUCAUUUUCCUCCCCAUGACGCCAUCUAUUUUGUGAAGUGCACCAGUCCCUACUGCAGCACCCCCACAACAUGAUGCAGCCACCCCCGUGCUUCACGGUUGGGAUGGUGUUCUUCAGCUUGCAAGCGUUCCCCUUUUUCCUCCAAACAUGACGAGGGUCAUUAUGACCUGACAGUUCAAUUUUUGUUUCAUCAGACCAGAGGACAUUUCUCCAAAAAGUACGAUCUUUGUCCCAAUGUGCAGUUGCAAACUGUAGUCUAGCUUUUUUAUGACGGUUUUGGAGCACUUCCUUGCUGAGCGGCCUUUCAGGUUAUGUCGAUUUAGGACUCGUUUACUGUGGAUAUAGAUACUUGUGUACCUGUUUCCUCCAGCAUCUUCACAAGGUCAUUUGUUGUUGUUCUGGGAUUGAUUUGCACUUUUCGCACCAAAGUAGGUUCAUAUCUAGAAGACAGAACACGUCUUCUUCCUGAGCAGUGUGACGGCUGCGUGGUCCCAUGGUGUUUAUACUUGCGUACUAUUGUUUGUACAGAUGAACGUGGUACCUUCAGUCAUUUGGAAAUUGCUCCUAAGGGUGAACCAGGCUUGUGGAGGUCUUCAAUUUUCCAAGGUCUUGGCUGAUUUCUUUUGAUUUUCCCAUUAUUUCAAGCAGAGGCACACAGUUUGAAGGUAGGCAUUGAAAUACAUCCAGAGGUACACCUCCAAUUGACUCAAAUUAUGUCAAUUAGCCUAUCAGAAGCUUCCAAAGCCAUGACAUCAUUUUCUAGAAUUUUCCAAGCUGUUUAAAGGCACAGUCAACUUAGUGUAUGUAAACUUCUGACCCACUAGAAUUGUAAUACAUUGAAUUAUAAGUGAAGAAAUCUGUCUGUAAACAAUUGUUGGAAAAAUGACUUGUGUCAUGCACAAAAUGCCAAAACUAAAGUUUGUUAACAAGAAAUUUGUUGAGUGGUUGAAAAACAAGUUUUAAUGACUCCAACCUAAGUGUAUGUAAACUUGACUUCAACUGUACAUAUGAUUCAACUGUAACAGCUACAUAAAGCAUUAUUAAAGCUUUAUAAUACAUUCAACUUGGAAGAUGUAUGCCACAAAUGUACAACUAAACCAGAGGACCAAAAGGCAAAAAUCAUCUUCAUUGUUUGCUUAUGAACGUGGUACGUGAAUGGUAACAUUCAAAUAAUACAAUCAAAUCUAUAUUCCAA